AUGUCGAAGAGCCGUAUGCCAAUGUACCUGGGUCUCGCCGCGGCGGGCGCAGGCGGAUACUACCUCUACAAUGCCGGCGGUGACCCCUCCACAGCAAAGCACCAGAUGCGAAUCGAUGCCGAAAAGGCGCGCCAGAAGAUGCCCGGUUCAGACAACGCCGAAUCGACCGGCACGCAAGCCGGCGCUAACGUCGAUGAUGCUAUUGCCCGUGCCCGUGCUGAAGGCAAGGAGGCUAGGGACAAGCUCGAGGGACUUCGUGACGACGCAAAGACCAAGUUCAAUGCCGGUGUCGAGAAGGUCAAUGCUGGUGUCGACCAGGUUGACCGUGACGUUGAGAAGAAGGCUGCUGAGGCCAAGGGAGCUGUCUCUGGCUGGUUCGGUGGCAAGAAAUAA